ACGCUUGCCCAUACGACGCCGGACACGACGUACAAGGCAGCACUGGCCCUUGCAAAACCCCGAAAAAUGAUGAUCGACUCUGAAAACGUCAGUGACAGCGAUGGCGAAUCCGUUGACGCGGAGCUCCUGGAAGCCAUAGAGCAUGGGUGCUCUCAGGAUGCCGUCGACGCGGCGCGGCGACGGGGCAGGGAUCGGUGGCCGUUUGACAAUGAUCUCACUCGUGUGAUUUGUCAAUUUGUGCCAAGACGCUACGCCCAGUGCGCCUGCAUCUCUCGAGCGUUUCGCGGCCAGCGGGAGGCGCUGCGGCGCGCCGAGGCUCGCACCGCGCUCGCCGCGGCGGUGCCGCUGCCGGUCGCCGCAGCCAUCGAAGCGGUGCUCUGGAGCACCGAGAGCAGAGACGGCUAUGCGAGAUCAACGCGCCGCAUCGUCUUCGCGCUGCGAAGGAACGACCAGCUUCGAAGGCGAGUCCUCGAUGGGUCGCUGACGCCUACCGCUCUCGCAACGCUCGACGAAGAGGCGCUCGCGCCUCCAGCGGUGGCUCAGCGCCGCGCCGACGACCGUUCGCGCCUAGCCAAACGCGUCGGCGCACGACCAUCAACACUCCCAGAAGUCGACGCGUUCGAGUGCCCUCGAUGUGGGGCGCGCCGGGCUUACGUCGCCAACGCGACGCACGGUGGAUCCGUGGAUCGCGCGCAUAUCCUUGCCCGAUGUUUAGAGUGCGGAAGAGGGUGGGCGCCCUGA